CUAUCUGCUCUCUAAUAAGUAAUAACACGCACGACGCAUUGCAUUCCACAUUCACUUUCUAGCCCUCUCUUCAACUGCAGUCUGCAUACCCAUGGAGAGCCACCUCAAUACCACGGCCGGUUUUGCCCAUUUGCCCGAAGCCGAUCGACAAAAUUUCCUCGAUAAUACCAACCCCAAUCCCAACCCCAACCCCAACCCGAAUCCUGACCAGCACGCUCCUGUUCCUCCCCACGCUCAGGGCGGCGGCGGCGGCGGCGGCGGUCCCGCUCAUCAUCAGCCGCAGGGAGGAGGCAGCCGUCACAUUGCCAAACUGGCUUUUCUGAGAGCCGUGGCUGAAGCAUUUAUUGAUCUGUCUCCUGAUAUUGGCAAUCCCGUGUCGCUCCAGCAACUAACAAAUUAUGUUGUCAACAAAUUCACAAUUGACGGAAUACCCCUCGAUGGAGCUAAUCUGGAGGAUCCAAUGAACGCAACCAUGGAGCUUUUAUGUGAUAACCUCAGCCAGGUUGGUGGCGGUCAAAUCCUUCAAGGCACUACUAUUGCAGGGGAGACUGCUUGGUACAUUGAGUUCAACAAAUUUCUUGUCUCGACUUUCCUUGCAGUAAGGGAAGAAAACUCUCGUCCCCUCAUACGCACAGGUUCAGGUUCAUUGAAGCAGGGGCAUGAAGAUUGAAUCAUCUCUUAUUUUUUAUCAGUUGAAUAUCUUACUUUAGUUACACAAACUCGUAUUUUCAUUUUCGUGUGUUUUGAGCUAGACAUGUGUCGUUGAACCUUUUUUAAAUAUGAUGUGAUUGACUCGAAGCCUUGAUAAUCAUCUUUACUUUCAGUCUUUCACGCUCAUCCUCCACUAAAAAUAUAAAAUGAUUCCUUUUAAGGUUCAAAUCUAAAUAGUUGGUAUGCAACAUUGUUGAUCAGCUAUUCUAUGUUGUUGACUUGUUGUAAUGAAUGAUUUUCCUGCUUUGAAACAAAUAUUGUAGUUCAAGGUCAGAUAUGUUUUAAUGAAUUGUUAACGAGGACCACUUUGUCAGUGGUCG